AUGGUCUGUCUGAUUCUUGGUGAUGCCUAUGAACCUUGGAUUGCACAGUUUAGUAGCUUGAGGGCAUGCUGCCUCAGUGAUUGAGUUUCACUGCCAUCACUAUGCCUUUUAGGGAUCAAAGCCUUUUCAAACAAUAAAUGCAAAAACCAUCCAAAACGCAAAUGUUUACUUAUCAGUCGAUCAUUUUUUUGCUCGAUUUGGCUUGAGACUAUAAAAGGUCUCCAAAUUUUGAGCAGAUCUCGUUUGCAACUUAUUUAUUUGUGUAUGAAUUUAUGAGUUAUUCAAGCAUUUUUAAUUUACAUUAAUGUUGAGCCGAGAAAUAACGCUGAUUGGCUUUCUACAGACCCAAAGAGAGUAUUUGCGUUUCUUAUUUGAACAAAUUCUUCAGGGUACAAUCUUUUCCUAAUGCUUUGUUUAACAUUUACGAUUAUGUUUACUAAACUUAUAGUGAAGCUCACUGUAAUUCCGAAGGACUAUCUUCGCCUUUAA